AUGCCAACGUUGGCUGUGGCGAAGGAGUACAUUUGCCGUCUGAUCGGCAAGUCCUACACGGACGAGGAGUUCAAUGACCUCUGUUUCAGGUUCGGGCUGGAGCUCGAUGAUAUCACUAGCGAGAAAGAAAUGUUCUUGCGGGAGCAGGGCAAGAGCGCGAAGACGAAUGCGGCUCCCAUGGAGGCUGUGGCAUACCUCUCAGAGGAGAAGCUCUACAAGAUCGACACCCCGGCAAACCGCCACGACCUCCUCACGGCGGAGGGCAUGGCCUGUGCCCUGAAGGUGUUCAUGGGGACAAUGCCGCUCCCCAACUACCGCGUCCUCAAUCGCUCCAACCCGCUCUACCGCAUGACGGUGGAGAAAAGCGUAAAGAACGUGCGCGACUACGUUGUGUGUGCUGUCCUGCACAACAUCCGCUUCAACGAACGCAGCUACAACAGCUUCAUUGACUACCAGGAAAAGCUUCACGCCGGGCUGGCCCGCCGCCGCACGCUGGCCUCGGUCGGCACCCACGACCUAGACAAGGUGAACACGAGGGACUUUAUCUACUCCUGCCGUCCACGCGAGACAAUCCGGUUUGUUCCGCUGCGCCAGACGAAGGAGCUGAAUUGUGCCGACAAGGGCCUCAUGCAGUACUACGCCGACGACCGACACAUUGGCAAGUACGUACCGCUAAUCUCCUCCUUUCCGGCCUACCCCGUUGUGUACGACGGUACCGGGGAGAAUGUCCUCUCGUUGCCGCCAAUCAUCAACUCGCACUACUCGGCCAUCUCCGUGGACACCGCGAACAUCUUCAUUGAAUGUACCGCCUCCGACCACUACAAGGCGCAGGUUCUGGUGAAUCAGCUUGUGUGUGCCUUCUCGGCCUACUGCGACGAGCCCUUCACAGUGGAGGCGGUAAAGGUGAACUACGAGGAGCCGGCGCCGGACGGGACGACGUCGCUCGUUACGCCAACGAUGGAAACGAAGGAGAUGACGAUGAACGUCGCGCGCCUCAACUCGAUCAUCGGCAUUGAAAUGAAGAAUGGUGCUGAGUGUGCGGAGCUGCUGAGGAAGAUGAUGUACACAAUCAAGGAGGCGACAGAGCAUGAAGUGACGGUGACGGUGCCACCGAUGCGCACGGAUGUCAUUGGCGUCGCGGACGUGAUGGAAGAUGUCGCCAUCGCGUACGGCUACGACAACAUUUCCUACGUCGAGUGCAAGACCCGUGGCCUCGUGACGCAGACUCCAGUGAGCAAGGUGGCGCAGCUUCUGCGCACCGAGAUGGCCUGCGCAGGCUACACGGAGCUGCUGACACUGUCGCUCUGCUCGCACGCCGAUGCGUUUGAGAACCUCAACCGCGUGGACAACGACGUCGCGGCACAUAUCGCCAACCCGCAGACGACUGAGUUCCAGGUGUGCCGCCCAUCGCUGCUCCCCGGUAUUCUGAAAACCCUCGCCACAAACAAGUCAAAGGCGCUGCCACAGCGCUUCUUCGAGUGCGCGGACGUCGUCCUGCUGGAGAAUGAGCGCAACUUUCCACCAGUGCUCGAGGUGGAGACGGACUACGAGUCCUGCGGUGCCCGAAACCAGAGCCACCUCGCCGCCGUGCACUGCAACAGUAGCUCUAGCGGAUUCGAGAGUAUACAUGGCCUCGCUGAGCUCGCCCUGCUGAAGCUCGGCGUCCCAUCGAAAGCGGAAGUUGCAGAGGACUACAACGGCGACUACUACACACUAGAGAAGGGCGAGGACGGCGCCUUCUUUCCUGGUCGCGCUAUGGACAUCAUUCUGCACCGCGCUAACCAGACGGUGCGCAUCGGGCACCUCGGCGUUAUCCACCCGAACACGCUCAAGGCGUAUGACAUUCCGAACCCGUGCUCCUACAUGGAGAUCAACAUCCAGUUCCUCUGUGUGCCUCUCUAA